AUGAGUGAUAAUUCUUCUUUAAUCGUGUGUUCCUAUGAGUAUUGCGGUACAGUUUAUAAUAUCGAAGGUGAUCAAGCUUUCCAUGAAUCAUUGAAAAAAGAUUCAAAUUACGCUUCAGAAAUCUUACAACAGUUAGUAAACAACAGCGAUAAAGAAAAUAUUGAAAAUGUAGAACAGUCCAAUAGUGAUUUGCAUGAUGAUGAACUGAUUAACGUCAUUCCGAUCGACAAUUCAACGAGCAGUGAAGAUCUGACUGAUCAAAAUGUUGAUAAAGCAGAGGAAACAUCAUCUUCCCAAAAAGUACCUGAUAAUAUUAGUGCAAAUAUGCAAUUGUCACCAAAAUUUUUGAAGUCUGCUAGAGGCAAAAGCAUCUAUUAUCACCGUCAGAAGCAACUUGAUUUAGAUAACACAAAGAUAGAAAUGAUGAAGAAAUUAGUUGAGAAAUUGGAUGAAAAUAAAAACAUACAAAACAAACAGAUAGAUAUCUGGAACCAAAGAGUUAGCGAAUUGACCGCUGUUUUCAAGGAGCGGAAUGAGAUUCUUAAAAAUAUAUCAAACAAGCUUGGUAAUUGA